AUGCGGAGCUAUAUGGUUGUACGGCCCAAUCAAAUACUUUUAGUAUUUACGCUGGGGUUCUUUAGCUUCAGCUAUGUUUCAGGGUUUCAAAUAGAAGUUCAUGAUACCAACCCUGAGAACAAGCGCCCCUAUCCUUGGCAGUUAUGUCGGGGGCGAGGAUUCAGAAACAGUGGCAUCGGGGACCAAGUUUUCGCGAUCGACCGUCAGGUAACAACCUGCGAAAAAGAAGAUGGCUUCGUCGAAUGGUUUGACAGACCUAUUCCGGCAGAGUUGAAUCCUACCCCCUAUGUUUCUGUGAAUAUUGGAGCACCGCUUCCCAGGCAAGGUUCUUCAACCAAAACUCCUGUUAUGUACACCGAAAACCCUCCUGGUGGCAGAAUUACCAUGGAGACAGGUGCAUGGGAAAACUCCCCCGCCCAAUUUCACUUGCAGCGAAAUAAUAAGUUUGUCAACGAAAUGCACUGGACAGACUAUUCUGUCAAACCAAAAGAUCGACUUUGGUUCUACUGGCCCCCACUGUCCGAAAACCUGCCUCAUGGUGGGAAUCCAGACUUCAGAAUGUUAUUGGCCUACCAUGGAACUGAGGGGCUAGACUUGAGACUAGGUUAUAGCUUGACAAGAACAUCAACUGCACGGAUCACGCUACAGCACCCCCAAAUUCGACUUUUUGCAUCGGAUGGUACAAUUUGGGAUGGGGUAGAACCAUUGCCAGAUGAAAAGCGGCCAGAACAUAUAGAAAAAACACUGGCGGCUCAAGCGGCAGCUUACAACGAACCACAAGAAGCGCAGAUUGCUAACGAAAGAGAACUUACCCCUGAUGAAAUAGGCGCACAAAAGGGAAAACUGGGUAGGUUUGGUCGAUUUCUCGGGAAGAUAGGGAAAGUUGGAAAUAUAUUUAAAGGAAAAGGCUCCAAAUCGAAUGCGGACCAACCAGUCCCAGGCCUAGAAGCCAACAUUAACAGGGAUCGGGAAGAGAAUAAAGAGGAAGAAAAAGUUGAUAUAAGUGAUGAAGAUGCCGAGAAAAGAGCACCACGCUGGUAUAGAGAGAUGGUAGAGGAGUGGGAAGAGGGAGGGUCUAAAGAAGAAGAAUUUCAAAGCCCUCGAUAUAGCGAAUUUGGAAUGGGCGGCCAAUCUGUGGCUGAAGUUGAAGAAGUCCAGAUCUCCAAUCAAGCCGGGAAUCCGCGCCCUAAUGUCUACUCACCAUUCUAUAGCAGACCUGGAUGGAGAGUAGGGGAUCCCCAAGACCCUAACAAUCCAAACGGUCGCAUUGGAGACUCAGACGAAAACGAUCCAUCAUAG